AUGGCGCAAUCAGACGAGGAAGAUGAUUACAUGAAUAUGGUAUUCGACGAUGCGCCAAAAGGACCAAAGUUUGAGACUUCCCUACAGCGCGCAGCGCGCAAGCGCAAAGAGGGUGAAGCUAGAGCGCGACAGAAGACCAAGGCCGAAAAACAAGAAGAAGUCGAAGCUGCACGAGAAGCUGCCCUCGCUACUGCCCUGCCCGAGACCAAUAAGGGAUUCAAGAUGAUGGCCAAAUUUGGUUUCAAGCAAGGCGAUGCUUUGGGCAAGUCCGAAGACGCACGCAAAGAGCCUAUCCAAGUCAAUCCUAAAGACGACAGAGGAGGUAUCGGUCUGGAGUCGGAGAAGAAGCGCAAGUUCAGGGAGCAGUUCGAGGAAGCAGACCGACUAGCAAAGCGCGCAAAAGAAGAGGAGGGUGACUAUCUCGAGAUAUUGCGCCAGGAACAGAAGGAGAAGAAGGCAGAACGGGACCUAGAUAACGCGCAAAGGACAGCCGAGCGCUUGUCCGACAAGAACGCUGAAGCGGAAGGCGCGGCAGACCCAAGUGAGAAACCACUGAAGGACAUCAAUGUCCUCUGGCGUGUUCGUGCGCGUCGCAGGAUGGAGGGCAAGCGCGACAAGCAACAACGCCGAGAACUGAACAACAGUAUUUCGUCACGAUUACCCACAUUAGCCGCCGAAGACGAUGACGACGAUUCAAAGAUAGCGCAAGGUCGAGACCUUGCGCCAUUCUACACUACUCUUGAGAACGAGCUUGAAGAUGAGGACCCACAGUUGGCAGAAUUUGAGGCCUUGCCUGUAGCGGAGCGCUUGCAAAAGGUUCUGGUGUUUCUGCGUGAAGAAUACCGAUACUGUCUCUACUGUGGCUACGAAUACCCAGACGCAGAAAUGGAAGGAUGCCCUGGAGUUACUGAAGAGGACCAUGACUGA